ACUCUAUUUGUUUCACUGCAUGUGUACAAACCACCUUAAACCCCCAUUUUCUCUCUCCUUCUUUCUUCACUCUCUCCUCCAAAAUUCGCUUCGGAUGUUCGUGAAAUUGAGGGAUUAUUGGGGGAAAAUUUAGGGGUUUACACUCGCAUUUCGCUAAUUUAAUUUGUGUUUCAACACAGAAAUUUAAAGCAGUGUUUUUAUUCUGAUGGAGGAAGGCGAGGCUUCAACAGUUCCUGACGGAGAGUUGAUUGGAAUCAAGUUUGGCUUGGCGAGCAAUAAUGAUAUUAGAACGUCAUCCAUCAGCGAUUGUCCGAUUAGUCAUGCUAGUCAGUUGGCAAAUCCUUUUCUUGGCCUGCCGUUGGAAAUGGGUAAAUGUGAGUCUUGUGGUACUGCAGAACCGGGAAAGUGUGAAGGUCACUUUGGCUACAUUGAGUUGCCAAUACCGAUCUAUCACCCAUCUCAUAUCAGCGAAUUAAAACGCAUGUUUAGCUUAGUGUGCCUGAAAUGUUUGAAGAUGAAGUCAAAUAAGUUCCCAGUGAAGAACAAUGGUGUUAUGGAGAAAUUGUUGUCAGCAUGUUGUGAUGAAGCUUGCCAUGUAUCUAUUAAAGAAAGCAAGAACAGUGAUGGGGCUUUCUUCCUGGAGUUAAGAAUACCAGCCAGAUCAAGAGUGCAAGAUGGUUGGAACUUUCUUGAAAGAUAUGGUUACAGAUAUGGGGAUGGUUGUGCUAGGACGCUGCUUCCUACUGAGGUUACAGAGAUGUUGAAAAAAUUACCUGAAGAUACAAAAAGGAAGCUUGCCAAGAAAGGAUACAUUCCGCAAGAGGGUUAUAUUUUGCGCUAUGUACCAGUUCCACCUAAUUGCUUAUCUGUUCCAGAUAUAUCAGACGGAGUCAGCGUUAUGUCCUCAGAUCUUUGCUCAGCCAUGUUAAAGAAAGUUCUCAGGCAAAUUGAGGUUAUUAGGAGCUCUCGAUCUGGUGAACCCAAUUUUGAGUCGCAUGAAGUUGAAGCGAAUGACUUGCAAGUAGCUGUUUCACAGUAUCUUCAAGUCAGGGGAACGGGCAAGGCUGCCCGUGCUGCUGAUAACCGGUAUGGGGUAAGCAAAGAAGGCAACAACUCCUCAAAAGCCUGGGUUGAAAAGAUGAGAACCCUCUUCAUAAGCAAGGGGUCUGGUUUCUCUUCACGUUCUGUCAUCACGGGGGAUGCCUAUAGGGCAGUCAAUGAAGUUGGUGUGCCCUGUGAGAUUGCCCAAAAAAUGACUUUUGAAGAAAGAGUGAAUGUGCAUAAUAUACAGUACUUGCAAGGUCUUGUAGAUAAGAACUUGUGCCUUACCUUUAGGGACGGUUUGUCAACAUACUCGUUGAGGGAGGGUUCUAAGGGGCAUACCUUCCUUAGACUCGGCCAAAUGGUUCACAGGAGGAUCAUGGAUGGUGAUAUUGUUUUCAUUAAUCGACCUCCUACUACUCACAAGCAUUCGCUACAAGCCUUGCGUGUGUACAUUCAUGAUGAUCACGUGGUCAAAAUAAACCCUUUAAUGUGUGGUCCUUUAGCUGCAGAUUUUGAUGGGGACUGCGUUCACUUAUUUUAUCCACAGUCGCUUUCUGCCAGGGCUGAGGUUUUGGAACUGUUUUCAGUAGAGAAACAGUUGCUCAGUUCACAUAGCGGAAAUCUCAACUUGCAGCUAUCUACUGAUUCAUUGUUAUCUUUAAAGACUAUGUUUGAGGUGUAUUUUCUGGACAGAGCAUCUGCUAACCAGUUGGCUAUGUAUGCCUCUAGUCUUUUGCCAUCUCCUGCUCUGUGGAAAGCAUGUUCUUCAAAUGCCAAAAAAAAGAAAGCACAUUCCUCUGGACCUCGCUGGACCGCUCAGCAAGUUUUGCAGACUGCUUUACCAUCUCACUUCGAGUGCCAUGGGGAUAGACUGUUGAUACAUGAUAGUGAAAUAUUGAAGUUAGACUUCAAUCGGGAUAUCGUGGCAUCAGUUAUUAGUGAUGUGCUCACAUCAUUGUUCUUCAACAAAAGCCCUAAAGAUGCUUUGGACUUUUUUGACUCUCUGCAGCCUCUUUUGAUGGAAAAUUUGUUUUCUGAAGGGUUUAGUGUCAGCUUACAUGAUUUCUUUUUCCCCAAAUCAGAGUUGCAAAAUAUUCAAAGAAAUAUACAAGAUCUUUCACCCCUGUUAUUGCAGUUGAGAUCAUCCUUCAAUGAAUUAGUGCAGGUGCAAUUUGAAAAUCAUAUUCGCGAGUUUAAAUCUCCCGUAGGAAAUUUCAUUCUAAUAUCUUCAGCACUUGGAAGUAUGAUUGAUUCUAGGAGUGACUCAGCUAUUGAUAAAAUUGUUCAGCAAAUCGGAUUUUUGGGACUGCAGCUUUCCGAUAGAAGGAAAUUUUAUUCUAGGGGACUUGUGGAGGACGUGGCAUCUCUUUUUCAUCAAAAAUAUCCAUUUGCAGAUGUGUAUCCUUCAGAGGAGUUUGGUUUUGUAAGUAGAUGUUUUUUUCAUGGCUUGGACCCUUACGAAGAGAUUGUUCACUCAAUCGCAACCAGGGAGGUUAUUGUUCGUUCAUCAAAAGGUUUGGCUGAACCCGGAACACUGUUUAAGAAUUUGAUGGCAGUUCUUAGAGACGUUGUCAUAUGCUAUGAUGGCACUGUUAGAAAUAUCAGCAGUAAUUCAGUAAUCCAGUUUGAGUAUGGGGUUGGAGGGAUGCAAUCCCAGAAUUUGUUUCCUGCUGGGGAGCCAGUUGGUGUUUUGGCAGCAACUGCCAUGUCAAAUCCUGCUUAUAAAGCUGUUCUGGACUCUUCUCCCAAUAGCAAUUCUUCUUGGGAUAUGAUGAAGGAAAUAUUGUUCUGCCGUGCGAAUUUCAGGAAUGACAUUAAUGACCGACGUGUUAUAUUAUAUCUGAAUGAUUGUUGUUGUGGGAGGAAGUAUUGCCAAGAAAAUGCUUCAUGCCUUGUAAAAAAUCAUUUGAAAAAGGUUAGCCUCAGAGAUGCUGCGAUCGAGCUUGCUAUCGAGUACAAACGGCCUAAGCUUGAACCUGAAAGUUGUGAAAUAGACGCAGGACUUGUUGGUCAUAUUCAUCUCAAUUCGGGCUUGCUAAAGGCGUCAGGCAUUGGUAUGCAUGACAUUCUACAAAAAUGUGAGGAACAAGUUAACUUGUUACGUAAGAAGAAGAAAUAUGGUUAUCAUUUCAAGAGGAUACUUUUGUCUGUUAGCGAUUGCUGUUUCUUCAACCAUUCUGACAGUAAAUGGACUGAUAUGCCAUGUUUGAAGUUCUUCUGGCAAGACAUGACGGACACCGAUUUAGAAAGAACAAAACAUAUCAUGGCGGAUAUGAUCUGCCCUGUUCUGUUGGACACCAUCAUUAAAGGCGAUCCUCGAAUUUCCACCGUCAAUAUAAUCUGGAUUAAUCCAGGAACAACAACUUGGGUGCAAAGCCCCUGUAGCAGUACAAAGGGUGAGUUAGCUGUGGAAGUAGCUCUUGAGAAGGAAGCAGUCAGGCUAACUGGUGAUGCAUGGAGGAUUGUCCUAGAUUGCUGUCUGCCUGUUUUCCAUCUGAUUGAUACUAGGCGCUCUAUUCCAUAUGCAAUAAAACAAAUCCAAGACCUUUUUGGAAUAUCAUGUGCCUUUGAUCAAGCAGUGCAGCGCCUCUCAACAUCAGUAACUAUGGUCACAAAAGGUGUGCUCAAAGAGCAUCUGCUUCUCUUGGCAAGCUCAAUGACAUGUGCUGGAAAUUUGGUCGGCUUCAAUACAAGUGGAAUCAAGGCUUUAUGUCGAGCACUGAAUGUUCAAGUUCCAUUCACCGAGGCAACUCUAUAUACGCCACGCAAAUGCUUUGAGAGGGCUUCUGAGAAAUGUCAUGUGGACACUCUAGCAAGCAUUGUAGGAUCAUGUUCAUGGGGUAAGCGCGUUUCUAUUGGUACUGGAGCUAAGUUCGAUCUACUAUGGGAGACAAAAGAGAUUGAAAUGGCGGACAAACCAACUGACGUUUACAACUUUCUUCAUCUGGUGAGUAGUGCAAAUGAGGAAGAGGUUGAUAGCGGGGGCUUGGGUGAAGAUAUUGAGAGCUUUGAAAAAGAUGUAUAUAUGGAACCAGCUCUAUCCCCUGAACAGGAAAAUAAGGCUGUCUUUGAGGAGACUUUGGAAAUUGGUGUAGAUUCUGAUAUCACCGGGGCAGAUGAGUCCAGCUGGGAUGCAUUUCCUUCCUCCGGAACGGGAUGGAAUGCGAACAAAAUUGAUACUGGUUCUGGCUCAGCAGAAGGUGGUUGGUCUUCCUGGGGAUCAAAGAAGGAUCAGGCAAACCCUGAAGAUUCAUCCAAGACUGGUGGUUGGUCUUCAGGUGGAUCAAAGCAAAAGCCCCAACCAGAAGAUUCAUCCAAGAGUGGUGGAUGGGAUGCAUCAAAAUCAUGGGGUGGAUCUAAUCAGGGAGAUCCUUCGCCUGUUUGGGGUCAACCAGUCAAAGCCACAAAUGACAUUAGCAUUGAAAAUGAUCAUGGCUCUGGCUCAGCAGAAGGCGGUGGUUGGGCAAAUUCAGGGAUGAAGAAAGAUCUGUCAAAGCAAGAAAAUUCAUCUACAGCUGGUGGCUGGGAUGCUUCAAAAUCUUGGAGUGGGUCUAAGCCAAAAGAUCCUUCAUCUGCUUGGGGUGCGGGUAAAAAGACUGACGACAACAAUGGCUGGAAGAAAAGUGAUUCUAAAAAAGAUCUUGCUUCUGGCUCAAUAGAAGAUGGUGGUUGCCCAGGCUGGGGGCCAAAGAAAGAUCUGCCUCAACCUGAAGAUUCUGGUGCGAAUGGCUGGGGUGCUCCAAAUUCUUGGAGUGGGUCUAAACCAAAAGAUUCUUCAUCUGCUUGGGGUGUGGGCAAAGAGACCAAUAACAACACAGGCUGGAAGAAAAGUGAUUCUAAAAAGGAUCUUGCUUCUGGCUCAGUAGAAGAUGGUGGUUGCUCAGGCUGGGGGCCAAAGAAAGAUCUGCUGCAGCCUGAAGAUUCAGCUGGAGAGAAUGGCUGGGGAGCAUCAAAAUCUAAAUCAAAAGAGCCUUCAUCUGCGUGGGGUAAACCAGCACAAGAAACUGAUAACAUUGGCUGGAAGAAAAACAAUCCUCAGCGAGAUUCUGAAAAUCUGGAAGGAACAAGUGGCUGGAAUGAUAAACUGCAAAAAGAAAACAAAUCGUUUUCAAAACAGAGCCAACCAGCAAGCUCCAAAGACUGGGAUUCUACUGGAAAUAUUACAGCUGGCAGUACUGGUUUUGGAGUGGAAAAAGGAAACGAAAAGCCUUGGGACGUUGCUAGCAACGUUAGUGUUAAAAAGUCUACUUGGGGACAAACUGGUGGUAAUUCUUGGAAGAAGAAUGAACAAGAUGAAAAAGAUGGUGAUCCACAGGGUCUGCCCUGGGGUAAAAGUCACAAGAGUUCUGAUAGUUGGACCUCUGGUCAGGGUAACCAGCACCCUGUUUCCCAGGGGGUAUCUGAAAAACAAGGGACACUGUCUUCCUGGGGACAACCUAGAGAUUCAUCUCAGAAGAACAACAAUGAAAACGGGGUUUCUUCCAAUUUCAAUAGACAGGGAGCUGGAAAAAGCUGGGAUUCCAAAAAGAAAGAGAGCAAUGUUCAGUCUUCUUGGGCACAGCAAGGGGACUCAACCUGGAAAGAUAGCAAAGAGGCAAGGAGUUCUGUCAAGGCUAAUAAUAGCACAAAUUCUGGUGGUUGGAGCACAGGUAAGGCAUUGGUAGACGGUGUUUCCAGUAGUUGGGGGUCUCAAAAGGAAGACAGGCCUCAGCCAAAGAGUAACGACAGAAGUGUUGGUGACGGGAAUUUCGAUAAGGAUGCUAAAGAAGAAGGUCUGAGUAGCUGGGAUGCCAAAAAGGUAGAGCGAAAAACUCAAUCUUCCUGGGGACAGCCCAGUGAAUCAAAGAAUUCUGCACAAAGUAGUGCUGAUCAUUGGGGUUCUGACAAGUCAAAUCAGCCUGGGAAAUCAUCUGGUUGGGGUUCUGAAGAUACCAACGCUGGCAAGGACAGUGAGAAACAAGAUUCCUGGGGGAAAUCCAAUGUUUCAACAUGGAAGAAAGAAUCUGGUGAAAAGUUGCAUGGUUCUGAUGAUUCACAAUCACCUUGGGGACAGCCUGGCGGGUCAGGUUGGAAUAAAAAGCAGCCUGAAGGAGGUCGUGGCUGGGGCUCCUCAAACACUGGAGAAUGGAAGAGCAGGAAGAAUCAGAAUCAAAAUCAGAAUCAGAAUCAGAAUCGACCUCCGAGAGGACCAAAUGACGAUUCUCCGAGGGUUGCAUUAACUGCUACUAGAAAACGAAUGGACGAGUUCCCAACUGAGGAGAAAGAUGUUCUAUCUGAAGUUGAAUCACUCAUGCAGUCGAUUCGAAGAAUCAUGCAUCAGUCUGGGUGUGUUGAUGGUGAGCCACUUCUUCCUGAUGAUCAGACUUACUUGAUUGACAACAUUUUGAACUACCAUCCUGACAAAGCAGCUAAAAUUGGGGCUGGAGUUGAUUUUAUUACGGUGAAAAAGCAUAGCAACUUCCAAGAAAGUCGCUGCUUUUAUGUGGUGUCAACGGAUGGGAAGGACACGGACUUCUCUUACAUCAAAUGUAUAGAGACAUUUGUUAAGGGUAAGUACCCUUCAGUUGCCGAGUCCUUCACCUCAAAAUAUUUUAGAAGGUCACAACGUCCUCAACCUGCAAGCCCUUCACCUGCAAGUCCUUCACCUACAAGUCCUUCUCCUGCAAGUCCAUCACCUGCACCUCCAAACCCUACGCCUCCAACUUGACGAGUGUGCCUGUUUUGAAGCUUUUGUGUAUAUAACUAGCUAGCUGUACAUGACUGUAAAUUUUGGGCAUCUAGAAAUGGGGUUUCACUUCUUACUUGCCUCUUUUUUCUCUAGAUGAAUUUCUACAUCUGUUGCAAGAUUCUGUUCAGUUGCCGAAUUAGGGCAUUAUAUCCCUGCUGAUAUACUUGUGAUAAAUAGUUCAGUUUGUUUUCCUGUGUUCA